CUUGAACUUCAAGCACACAGCCGAAUGAUUAAAUCCUCGUUGCUGCAGCUAGCAGCAGUAUCAUACGAGGCUGUGAUAAGCAAGUUAUGAGCCUGGGCGCUAGUAGUAGCUGCAUGAUCACCCAGUGCCUUUCUUGCAUGUCCGAGUCGCUGGAACAUGCUGAAUCCAUGCGCCUAGUCGAUUUUACAUCUGGCGUCGGGAACACUACAUGAAGCUGAUGCUUCAAAUCCAUCAAAUUCCUCGAACACGCAAAUCAAAACUUUUUGUUCUCUUGUCUCGGGUCGAGUCAUCUUCGCAAUGUCGCAGACUGUGUCCGUCACACAAGGGCCUGAAAUAACUGCUCGCCGCAACGAUACAGACGGGGAGCCUCUUAUUGCACAGAUACAAGCAGGAGCUGGUAAAAGUUCUUUGGUCAAUUUGAUCGCUAGGGAGCACAAGGCUCGGAUAUCCUCCGAUACUAUGGGAUGCACAACUGAAACCAACAUAUACGAGACUGAGAUUUCGAUUCCGUUGAAGUUGAAGGUAAAACUUUUCGAUACUGCCGGUCUUGACGAGGGCCCUGGAGGUGCAGUCCCCAAUAUGCAAGCUCGAAAAGUGUUAAAGAAGCUCAUUCAAACUCUGAUGAUGCAAGGCGGCAUUCAUCUCAUCAUGUACUGCGUGCGGGGUGAGAGAGUGACUCGGACACUCCGCCGGAACUACGACUUAAUUCGCUCCCAAGUCAAGAUGAGAGUUCCAAUCGUCCUUGUCGUCACGGGUUUGGAAUACCAUGAACCAGACAUGGAAGUUUGGUGGAGAAAAAACGAGCGAAUCAUCUCGAACCUCGGGAUGACCUUUGCUGGCCACGCAUGUGUCACCGCGGCCAUGUCCCACAAGAAUGCAAGUCCUAAGCUCCAGGAGCGCCGUGACGAGUCAUACCUCACUGUCUGCAACCUCAUCGAGCAGUGUCGUUUGUCGAACGAGAGAGGGAUUCACGGUGUCAACCGCCGAGACACCAUUAAAAUGACUUCAAACACGAUAAAGCCUAAAAAUAUUGUACUCUUUGGGCAGACGGGGGCGGGUAAAAGCUCACUUGUCAACCUUAUGGCGGGAAAGAACAUAGCACGCACAUCCAAUAACAUACCGCGAUGCACUCUGCACUGGGAAGAAUAUCCCAUCACAUUCGGUGGCGAGUCUUAUAUGGUAUUUGAUACCGUUGGACUCGAGGCACCACAGCUGAAAAGGGCAGAAUACCUCGAUGCUGUCGAAGAUGCUUGUAAACUCAUCCAGCAUUUGGAGACACAAGGGGGCAUUGAUCUGCUUCUGUUCUGUAUUCGCGCGGGCGAAGUCGCGGAUACGCUUCAGAAAAAUUACCGGCUAUUUCACGAAUUCCUCUGCGAUAAGAAGGUUCCCAUCGUUGUAGUGAUCACGCACCUUGAGCACGAGGCCGGAACAAUGGAUGGCUGGUGGAAGAAGAAUAGGAAAACCCUCCACGACUGGAAUAUCCGCGUUGCUGGUCAUGCAUGCAUCACCGCCAUCGAAGGCAAUUCUCCAACCCUGUAUAAAGAAUCGCGCGUCACGGUCCACAACCUUGUCAAGGAAUUUACUGACGACAGGCAUAAGCUAAAGGGGCCACUUGUAGGGAACGGGAGUUCGCAUGAGACGAAGGAUAUUGUCCUUUGCCUUACACAGCGUUGCGGUAUGUCUCCAGAUGACGCAAAUAAGUUAGCUGAUAGGAUCAAGAAAGACGGGGUAGAAGGAGCUACUUGACUUAUCUCGUGUCUGUUAACUUGCUCUCGUCUUGUUGUCGGUGAAGUGACGUACGUGUGGUGCUUAGUACAUAUCCUUACGCACAAUGUAGUUCGUCGAAGCCUGUCUCAAAGCUCUACACAAACAUGUUUAUGUGGUACCUGACUCCCACACGAGCCUUGUAAUCUAUUCGUUCAAUAUGA